AUGGCGACACCAAUAAGGGAGCUGCAGAAGCCCAGGCUCCCGGACCUGCUGGAAAUGGGCAGGCAACUUCUGGAGGAGGUAGAGGCCUCGACCCAACCCUCGGGCUCCAAGCUAAUCCAGGAUAAGGUGAAGAAGGGCUUGGAAUUCCUGGAGAAGGCCUCGGACAUGUUAUCCCAGCUCGAUCUGUUCAGCCGCAACGAAGACUGGGAGGAGAUUGCUUCCGCUGACCUCAAGUACCUGAUGCUCCCGGCCCUGCGCGGUGCGCUCACACUGAAGCUGGUGGGUACCAGCCAUCGCUUGGACCACCUGCAGGAGGCUCGAGAGCACUUCAUUGGCUUCCUAACCCAGACCCACAACUACCAUGUGGCCGAUUUUCAGCUGCCCUGGGCCCAGAGCAGCUCACCGGAAGGCAACGCCGCCGCUUCUGCCCUCCUGGAACACAACCUCGUUGCCAUGGCAUCCCAGAGGCAGGCCAAAAUCCAGAGGUACAAGCAGAAUAAGGCGGUGGAGCAGAGGCUGUCGGCCCUGAAGUCGGCGGUGGAGAGCGGUCAGGCUGAUGAUGAGCGUGUGCGGGAGUUUUACCUCCUCCAGCUUCGCAGGUGGAUUAACAUCAGCUUGGACGAGGUUGAGAGCAUCGACCAGGAGCUAGAGAUUCUGAGGCAAAGAGACACCUUCAGCGAGGCCUCCGCUUCUCCCUUGACUCACCAGGAGAGGCCUCCAGUGAAACCCUUCGUCCUCACUCGGAAUGUUGCCCAAGCACAAGUCUUUGGAGCUGGGUAUCCAAGUCUGGCGACUAUGACGGUGAACGACUGGUAUGAGCAGCACCAGAAGUGUGAGGUUUUACCAUCAGGUCAGGAAGUCGAAAAGCUACCACCACCACCACCACCACCACCGCCGCCACCACCACCCGAGUCCCACAGUUCAUCUCUGCAAGACGAGUCGGAGCUGGAGGAAAAGGAAGAGGAGGAGGAUGAGGAAGCCCUCCACAGGCUGCAGCAAUGGGAUGACUGGAAGGACACCCACCCUAGGGGCUAUGGCAACCGACACAACAUGGGCUAA